CCAAAUCAAAUCCAUUCCCAUCUCAUCGUUCUCACCCACCACCGGCGACGCCACCGCCGCCACCACCGCUGCUCCGAGCGUGCGUGAUCUGGCGAAGGAGCCCAUGGACGAAGACGUGCCGUCGCGUGAUCCGGAGAAGAAGGGAGAUGAUCCGGAGGAGGCACUGGCGGCUGCGGCUGCGGCGGCGCGGUGUAGCUCGCCGUGGGUUAUCCUACCAGCCAUACCGAAGGUGAUCCAAGACGAGGAGAAACACCUGGUGCCGGGCACUGAUCUGUCGCUACAGUUCGCCGACCCGCCGCGCUCCACCAUGCUCGCCGUGUCCCAGCGCAUCCAACCCAACCCUUCCCAGUCCAACUUCAUCAUCCCCUACGUCGUCGACGUCCUUCCCUCCGGGCGUCUCCUCCUCUACACCACCCACGAUACGGUCUACAAUGGCGCCUACUACAUCUGCGACGCGCACACCCGCGUCGCCACCCGGCUCCCUCCCUCCAUCGAGAAUCCCAUCUGGCCGCAGCGAAGCGUCGGGUUCAUCGAGAACCCCCGCCUCCGUGGCCACCACCUGGUCGCGCAGCUUUACCCUCCGUAUACCACCCAACACAAGACCCUAGUCUACUACUCCACGUUGAGCGGAAAGUGGGACGUGAAGCAACUUGCCUCCAGCCCAAAGCACCAGCGAUGGCGCUGCAACGGCGGCGUACUCGCCCACGACGGGAAGCUCUGGUGGGCGGAUCUUCCCUACGGCUUCCUCACUUGUGACCCCUUCGCUGACGACGUCCACCUGCGCUACGUCGCGCUUCCGGAAGGCUGCGUCAUGGUCGGAGUGGACACCAUCGACUCCGACUGGCGUAAGAACCUCGACAAGCACCGCUUCGCCAAGGUGAGCGAGGGUAAGCUGCGGUACGUGCAGAUCCAUGGCCUCCCGGACGAGCCGAUGGUGAGCAUGUGGACUCUGGUCGAUCCGGAGGGCCCGGCGUGGCAGCUUGAGUACGGGGUGCGGCUAGAGGAGAUAUGGGGCGAUGAUAGCUACAAGGAAGCCGGGCUGACGCCGGGCAAGGUCCCCUCGAUCGCCCUCAUCGACCCCAACAACCAUGGCGUGCUCUACUUUCUGCUGGGCGGCUUGCUCUUCGCUGUGGACAUGCGCGCGAGCACGAACCGGAUCCUGCACUGCGAGGAGUUCCUGCUGGGGGAUGGCCUCGAGGUCUGGGACGAGUACAACAACUCCCGAUUCGUUUAUGCUUGGGAUCUGCCUACGACGCUUCUCCGAUUGGAGCCUUCGAGUGGUGAUGAGAUGCCAAAAUUGACUAAGGAGAUGACGAGUUUGUCUAAGGAUUUGGCUUUCAUGAUGAGUCUGGUGAAGUCGAUGAAGAAUAUCCAGGUAUCCGCUUCAGGAUCUGAAUCAUCAUCUCAGCCGUCCGUUGAUGCGAGUGACCAGAAUGAAGAAAAGUGAAUAAAAGGUUAGAUUGAUUACACUGGCUUGUAGCAAGUGAUCAAGAUCUGUAUACUCAUCUGCUUUGUUGUCCGCCUGGAGCAAAUGGCGUAUCAGCAUGAUCUCUUAAGGAACUAGAAACACUCAGCACUGCUCUCAGUUACUGAAUUCUAAAAUGGAAAUGUGAUCGAAGUUUUGUAGCUUUUAGCCUUUCUCAGCUCUCUUAGGGAUACUUUGGUAGCUGGCGAGUGUUUCUUUCCUGGAUGCGUUUUCUGCCUGUGAAUUGUGAAUGUGGAUGAAAACGAAUUAACCCUUCGUAUUGUAUUGUCCCUCUGGUUAUAUGUUUUUCCAGUCGGUUGGAAUGUUGCAUUUUGUCUUUUGGUCAUUGGUUUAAUUUGUUGCAUCGUUCUCGUUUCCUGUCC